AUGUCCAAAGAUUUCGGUGAAAGCCGCGCCUCCAAUGGUACUAAACCUUCACUUGAGCCUUUCCUCAUCGCCAGCCUGAAUUUUGUCGCCACAGACCGUCACGACACUUACCCAUACAUCUCCCCGUCCAACUUCAAUCUCCAAGGAAAGCACGUCUUGAUCACCGGUGCCUCAAAAGGCGUCGGCCGUGCCACAGCCCUAAGUUACGCAAAAGCAGGUGCCUCGGGCAUAAUACUCGGUGCGAGAUCCAACCUCUCCACCGUGGUCAAAGACGUCCAAGCCGCAGCCAAAUCCGCAGGUCGUUCAGAGCCACAAGUCCUAGCCCUAGAUCUGGAUGUCACCAGCAAAGACAGCGUAGACGCUGCUGCUAAGCUCGUCACCGAGAAGUUCGAUGGAAAACUCGACGUCUUGAUCAACAACGCGGGAAGUCUCGCCUCUUUUGCUGGCAUCCCAGACACCGACCCGGAUGAAUGGUGGCGCGACUACGAAGUCAGCGUAAAAGGAAGCUACCUCGUAACCCGCGCAUUCUGGCCGCACCUCCUCGCCGGCUCCAAGAUCAUCAUCAAUAUCACAUCCAUCGGCGCUGUCAUGGUCGUCCCGCAGAGCUCUUCGUACGGGCCCGCCAAAUUGGCUUCACUUCGGUUGACCGAGUUUAUUGACCAGGACCACGGAGAGGGUAAGGAUGGUAUGCUGGCUAUGGCUGUGCAUCCAGGAGGCAUACAGACGGAGUUGGCGCUGGGUAUGCCGGGACAUAUGCACGAGUGGCUUGUUGAUACGCCGGAGUUGGCGGGCGAUACGUUGAUGUGGUUGGGGGCGCAGAGGAGGGAGUGGCUCGGUGGGAGGUAUGUUAGUGCGUGUUGGGAUAUGGAGGAGUUUAGCGGGAAGAAGGAGGAGAUUUUGGAGAAGGAUUUGCUGAAGAUGCGGUUGGCUGUUGGUCCGUAG